AUGGGCAGAGUGUAUACUCAAAAGGAGUUCGAAAAUUUGCUGUUCGAUUAUGGUUUAGAGCUUGAUGAAGUGACUAGCGAAAAAGCUGCCGCACAGAAAGAACAAAGUUUGACAAAGGACGAGGAUUUAAGUAAAUUAUGUGACGAGGAAAUAUAUAAGAUAGAAUUGCCAGCAAAUCGUUAUGAUUUACUCUGUAUUGAAGGUCUCUCGCGUGCUUUACGGAUAUUCAGAAGCGAGAUGGAGCCACCAAUUUAUCGGCGGUUGGGAUCGUCUCACUAUCGGCAUCAGAUAAUUAUUAAGCCAGAAGUUCUAUCGAUACGGCCGUAUGUUGUAGGAGCUGUUUUAGUCGGUGUCAAAUUAGAUGCGGAUUCUUAUGCUUCACUAAUUGAUUUACAAGAUAAAUUGCAUCAAAAUAUAUGUCGAAAAAGGACUUUAGUAGCAAUUGGUACUCAUGAUUUGGAUACGGUGCAAGGUCCUUUUUAUUACGGAGCAGAGAAACCAGCUGAUUUAAAGUUCAAACCGCUGAAUCGAACAAAGAGAUACAGCAGAAGAGAUGAUGGUUCUAUACUCGGGGGAUAG